AUGUAUGCCAGGUUGGUCUGUUCGUGUCUGUGGAUCCAGUCAGUUUUAACAUUGGUAGAUUGUAACUUGCAUUUAAAAUUCAAGGAAUUCGACGAGCUGACACCAGAUAAUUUUACCGUGGUUGUAAAAAGAAAUGCCGUUUCUGGACAAUUAAAUAUGAAAAUAGUGUCUUUCUUCGCGCUAAGAAAAUAUUUUGUUCUGCAUCUCGUGCCCGGGUCACCAGUGUUACGGAAAGAUUUCCAGGCCCACAUGGUGGACGGUGACGGAAGAAUGACCCCGGUCCACGUCGAUCAGCAAAUAUUCUAUACUGGCUAUCUUAACGGCAACCCACAGCACAGUGUGGAUGCUGUACAUACGGACGACGUGUGGAUAGCUCAGAUCCACAGCCCAGACGAUGUGUAUUCCAUUGAGCCACUCACACAUCACGUACCAGACUCGCCUGCCACUUCGAUGCUCAUCUUUAGACAGCGGGAUAUUAAUAGUUCAAUCUUCAAUGGCUAUAGCCAUGAGAAUGCCACUCUACAGCCUUUCUGUGAGGAAGUGGAAUAUCCGUUGUCAGAUUCGCUUGCAGUCGAGCAAAGAAGACACACCAAGAAGAAUACUUCUGCAACCAUCAACAAAUUUAAACAGGAAAAUAUUUAUAAUGAGAAGACCGAUCAUCGGCGUGUUGCAAACAAUAUAUUUAAGAAACAUUUAAAUUCAGAAACACAUUCACUCAAUUUAAUUCUCUCCGUGUACGAUACGUGUGAGAUGCUUGUCAUUGCAGAUUUUGAAACCUACAGAGGUAUAGGGCGCGCCAAUAUUUUCCGGAUGAUAUCGAUCCUCGUCUAUCUCUACCAGUCGGUAGAUAGAAUAUACAGAGAAACGAAAUUUGAUAGUCUCACAAACCUGGGAAUCGCCAUUACCAAUCUCUUUGUGCACACCGAGUACACCCGUCUCAGUGAGCACUAUAACAUGCCCAACAACCUGAUGACGGCACUGAGAACGCUGUAUUCCAUGAGUCAAGUGACAAACUUCAGCAACUAUUGCCUUGUGCAUCUGAGCACCCAAAGAAGCUUUGGGGCCACUGUGGGGAUUGCUACCACUGCUGCCAGAAGCACCCAUAAUUGGGGCGGUGGAAUCUGCGCAAGAUAUGCGAUGGCUGCUAGAAACAUUGGGCUCAGCACGCCGAUUAACGCACAUGGCGUAAAUCUGCCAGUAUUUAUCUAUCUCUUGGUAGUAGCCCACGAGAUUGGCCACAACUGGGGAGCGCAUCAUGAUCCCACAGAAGAUUACGUGUGCAGUCCUCCCAGCCAUAGAGGUGGAAAGUAUUUGAUGUGGCCCUACACAGCCAGUGGAAUCCAUGGCAACAACGCCAAGUUCUCGCCAUGUUCCAGGGAGGAAAUUGCCGGGAUAUUACAUGAGAAGGCUCACGUCUGUUUCAAACCCCAAAGCCUUGUGGAGGAAGUGUGUGGUAACAACAUCGUGGAUCCUCAAGAAGACUGCGAUGCUGGAUACUUGAAAGGCAACCCUUGCUGUACCAGUCGCUGCAGAUUCCCCAAAAAUGCAGUCUGUUCUCCUUUGAAUCAUCCGUGCUGCACCAACUCAUGUCAGAUAGCGCCCCCGACGCAGAAAUGCUUCGCUGAUUUCCAAGAUUGUCACGAGGAUGCAUUUUGUUCGGGGACUGAGUCCCACACGUGUCCUGAAACACGACCUCUGCCAAACAACUCCACUUGUCAAAGCCUGGGUAAAUGCUGGCAGGGGGAUUGCGUGACCUUUUGCGAGCUGUUGGGAGCGACCUUCACCCCUGCUCGUCGUCUGGUCGAUUGUACGUGUGAGGAAAACCUUACAACAAUGUGUCAGCACUGCUGUUGGAACCCGCAGAGUAAACAAAAUUGUACCAAAAUGGGAGGGUCUAAAAUAGACGGCACACCGUGCAUGAGGGGCGUAUGUAAUCAUGGCACAUGUGUGAGCACGCAAACAAAUGAUAAUAUUUUCUUCGAAGACAGAUUGGCAUUUUCCAGUGGAUCAGACGAUAUUCACCAACUGGGACGUAUGAGAGCGGUACUUGUAACUUUUGUGUGUGCUAUUUGUGGAUCGUUGACGCUGAGUUUACAACGAACGCUGCCUAUAACUGAUGCCCUUAUCUAA